AUGAGCGGCGGUCAAGACGCGGAGCGUAACAAACGCAAACUCGAUGCCGUCGACGCACCGGGUGGCUCGGGCAGGGGCAGGGACGGCGGCAGCAGCGGCGGUGGCGGUUCUGCGGCGGGAAUGACAUUGGAGGCCGCGAAAGCGCUGCUCGAACAGCGGGGUAUCAAGGUUCCGAAGGCGAAGAAAGCGAAGAAGGAGAAGAAGGAGAAGAAGGAGAAGAAGAAGAAGGAUCGGAAGGAGAAGAAGAAGCACAAGUCUAAGAGAGACGGAGACAGUUCGAGCUCGUCGUCCAGCGAUGACGAUGACGCGAAAAACGGCGGCGGCGGCGGCGGACCGUCGGCGUCGCGGAAGUGGAAGAGCGGCGGCGGCGUGAAAGAUAAGGACAAGGUAAAGAAUAUCAAAGACGACGCGUCCUCGUGGGGACCGCCUCCCGGGCCGGACGUCCAGAUCGAGAACAUAUCCGAGGACGACUACUACCUCAAGAACCACGAAUUCGCGGCUUGGUUGAAGCACACGCGGAAGGUGUACUUCACGGACUUGCUCGCCCAAGACGCGCGAGAGGCGUUCAAGGGGUUCAUUACGGAGUGGAACGCGCGUAGACUUCCCGCGAAGCUGUACGAGGGCAUCAGCGUGGCGGGUAGGAGAUGA